GAUUAGACUUUGAUACCAGCAAAGGACUUCCAGAUUCUGAUUAUAUGACUUUAACCGGGAUUUCAAAGGAAAAUUUUGAUGAUGUUAUAUCCCAUUGCCAGUCAAUCCGAUCAACAAAGAAUCGUAGCUUAAGAACAUGCAUUGCCCUUUUGUUGGUGAAGUUAAGGACUGGCCUCUCAAAUCAAAUGUUGUCAACACUAUUUAACAUUGAAAAAAGUGGCGUAAGGAGAGCAUUAAGAACAGCACGAAAGGAGUUGACAGAAACGUUUACACCAAAUUAUGUUGGUUUUGGUCAUUUAUCAAGACGAGAUGUUAUUGAGAACCACACAAGACCACUAGCUCAAGAGAUAUUUGGCAGUAUCGUAGAGAAACCUGCAAUCCUUGUGGUGGAUGGAACAUACAUAUACAUACAGAAAAGCAGCAACUUCAAAUUCCAACGCCGUUCCUUCAGUCAACACAAAAACCGUCCACUAGUGAAGCCUAUGGUUAUCGUGUCAACUACAGGAUACAUUGUGUCUGUUCUCGGGCCAUAUCUCGCUGACCUCAAGAACAAUGAUGCAAACAUUUUGAAACAUUCCAUCAAAACCAAUGUGGAGGAUAUUCAAGAUUGGUUACAGCAAGAUGAUAUCCUGGUAGUAGACCGUGGAUUCAGGGAUUCCAUUGACUUUCUUGACAGUUUAGGAAUCAAAGCCCAUAUGCCAGCCUUCCUCCCUAAAGGGCAUAAACAACACACAGUGGAUGAGGCUAAUUCAGCUCGAUUGGUCACCAAAAUCCGGUGGAUAGUUGAAUCUGUCAAUGGUCGGUUAAAGCAGUGGAGGUACCUACAGAACGUUGUGCCAAAUACACAGAUCCCCUACAUUGGAGAGUAUGUUUGCCUGAUUGUUGCACUCUGUAAUAAGUACCGACGACCUCUUAACCAGGGAAAUCAAGACAGUGACCAGAUUUUGGGUGCCAAAAUGAAGUAUCUAGCAUCACAGAGAAACAUGCUCCAAGAAAGAGUGGAAUCUGAGGCACUGCAUAGAAGAAUCAGCUCAUGGAAGGCCUUAGAUGCUGAAGACUGUGUAGUGGAAUUUCCAAGGCUCUCUCCUGAUGAACUCCGCAAUUUGACAGUAGGUAUAUACCAACUGAAACUUGCUAGGAGUUACACUACAGAGCAUCUCAGUGAAGAUGGUGACUACAGCAUCAUGGUGAAUUCUGAGAUUCCUGAUGUCCUGCGUGUUCGAAUCCAGAGUCGCCACAUCUCUUCCAAGCAGUACCUACUGUGGAUUCAGUACUCCAGUGGAAGUGUGACAGGCUGGUACUGUCAGUGUCGGGCAGGUGCACGAGUUGUUGGGGCAUGUGCGCAUGUGGCCUCAGUACUGUGGUAUCUAGGAUAUGGACGGCACACAGAAUCCAUCACAGGUGUGCAGAACUGGGCAAACUAUCUGGAAGAUGCUGCUGUGAUUCCAGAACUGAUGGAUGAAUCGGAAAGUGAGGACAGUGCCACAGAAGAGUAGUCUGCACAUGUAUAGUGGAAGGUGCUAUUAAAGUAUUUUUAUGUAAGAAGUCUUAAUGCAUGUCAUUGAUGCCACAAUUUGUUACAAUAUUUUUGCUUAAAAAGUUAUUCAGUUUCCAGAAAUCUGUGAUUUUUUGUGUAAAAAUGAGGAAUUUAGGCAUAUCUAUUGUUCUCAAUUUUUUUUCAAUACAGUACUGUGUAGUGGAUUCUAACAUAUGCAGUUGGUUUUUUUUGUUAUUUUGUGUUUGCUAUAAAAGUUAUUCACUGUUUCCAGAAAUCUGUGAUUUUUUUGGUGCAAAAAUCGCUUGUUUUCCCCCAAAAUGAGGAAUUUAGGCUUAUCUAUUGUUCACAAUUUCUCCCAAUAUAAUACUGUGUAGUGGGUUCUAACAUAUGCAGUUGGUUUUUGUGUUAUAUUUUGUUUGCUAUAAAAGUUGUUCACUGUUUCCAGAAAUCUGUGAUUUUUUUGUGCAAAAAUCGCUUGUUUUCCCCCAAAAUGAGGAAUUUAGGCUUAUCUAUUGUUCACAGUUUUUCUCAAUAUAAUACUGUGUAGUGGGUUCUAACAUAUGCAGUUGAUUUUUGUGUUAUUUUUUGUUUGCUAUAAAAGUUAUUCACUGUUUCCAGAAAUCUGUGAAUUUUUGAGCAAAAAUUGUUAGUUUUCCCCCAAAAUGAGGAAUUUAGGCUUAUUUAUUGUUCACAAUUUUUUUAAAAUAUAAUGCUGUAUAGUGAGUUCUACUAAAUGCAGUUAAUUUUUGUGUUAUUUUUUGUUUGCUAUAAAAGUUAUUCAAUGUUUCCAGAAAUCUGUGAUUUUUUUGUGUAAAAACCAGUCAUUUUACCCCAAAAUAAGGCAUUUAGGCAUAUUUAUUGUUCAUAAUUGUUUUCAGUGUAAUCCUGUAUAAUGAAUUCUAACAUGUGGAAAUGUUUGUUUUGUUAUUUCUUGUUUGAUAUAAAAGUUAUUUAUUAUUUCCAGAAA